CACCAUGAGGAAGCUUUCUUCUGUCCUAGCCAGGACACUCACUUCUGGGACUAGUGGCUCCCUCCCUCUUCCUGACAUGUCUGAAGGACACUCACCCAUUCAUGUGAAUAAUGUGCGAAGCAGAUUGAGGGAUAUAGUGGGAGCAUCUACCAACUGGAGGGACCAUGUGCAAGCAAUGCAAGAAAGAAAAGCUCUUCAUACUUUACUGGCAAAACGGCAGGAGGAUCUGCCUCCUAGGAGAAUGAAAGAUAGCUACUUGGAAGUUAUCCUACCUCUAGGAAGUCAACCUGAAAUAAGGGAGAAGUACCUGAACGUAUACAAUAGUGUCAGAUUUGGAAGAAUUCUUGAAGACCUUGACAGUUUAGGAGUUCUCAUUUGCUACACUCACACGAAGCAGGAAGCGCAGCCCAGAUCUCCUUUAUCAAUAGUUACAGCCCUGGUGGAUAAAAUCAAUUUGUGCAAAAAGAUCAUAUAUCCGGACUGUGACAUCAAGUUCACUGGCAACGUUUCCUGGGUUGGGAGGACCUCAAUGGAAGUGAAGAUGCACAUGCUGCAGCUACAUAAUGGUGAUUACAGCCCUGUGUUAGAUGCAACCUUUGUCAUGGUGGCCCGGGAUCCAGAAAACAAAUGGCCAGCAUUUGUUAAUCCACUAAUUCCUGAGACCCCUGAGGAAGAGGAAAUCUUCAAGCAAGGGGAAUUUAACAAGACGAAGAGGAUUGAUUUCAGCACUGCUUCCUUACUGAAAAUGGCUCCCACUGCAGAAGAAAGAAAUGUUGUUCAUGACAUAUUCCUUAACACCCUGGACACGAGGACAGUAAGUUUCCGGAGUCGUAUAUUACCACCCAAUUCAGUGUGGAUGGAAGAUGCAAAGCUGAAGGGCCUACAAAUUUGCCACCCUCAGGAAAGGAACAUCUUCAACAGGAUCUUUGGGGGUUUUCUCAUGAGGAAGGCCUUUGAACUGGGAUGGGCAACUGCCUGCAGCUGUGGGGGUUCCAGACCUUUCAUUGUAGCUGUUGAUGAUAUCAUGUUUCGGAGACCAGUUGAAGUUGGAUCCUUGCUACUGCUUUCUGCACAGGUUUGUUAUACGGAAAAAAACUAUAUCCAGGUUCGAGUACACAGUGAGGUUCUUGAUGCAGAUACCAGAGAACAUCAUACAACUAAUAUCUUCCAUUUUACAUUUAUAUCAGAAAAAGCGGUCCCACGGGUUGUCCCCAAAACAUAUGGAGAGUCCAUGUUGUAUUUAGAUGGGAAGCGACACUUCACCGCAACCUUAAGAGAAAUGUGAGAGGCGCUGAA